UAGGCGUCAGUUAACAGGUUAAAAUACGUGGCGUAAAAGAAUCACUGAGUUGUGUUUGAACUGAUUCUUUGAAAUGAACCGUUCGAAGGAACCGAAUCGCGGAAAUGAGCCAGACUUCCAACGAUGCCAUGGAAACGCGACGCUUUCCUGGACUCACCGUGUUAUGAACGACCUCAGUUUGUUAGUUAGCGGUAACAAGACGAAACAUGCUUCGAAAAGCAGUGAAAGUGGUCGCUGAACUCCACCUGAGAGCGAUAAGCUGUCCAGGAGUGCAUCUACCCGCCAAAGAUGAUGUUUACGUCAGUGUGAGUCUGAUGAAUAAAUACAGGAAGACUGAAUGUCUCCCUGCAGUGUUUCCAUUACUGAUCCGGGAGAAAAUCAGGUUUGAAAAGAUACUGAACUAUGCCACCGACCCUUCAGCAAUAGCAGAGCUCCUGCAGUGUGAAACAGUGAAAAUUGAACUCAUUCAGUUGAUUCCUCCAGCUGGAGAAAUACUGGCCAGUUUUGAAGAAGAUGCUCGAAGUUUUCUUUUCCCAGAGCCGAAGCUUGUCCCAUCUUUCUCUGGAGUAGAGAGAGAGGUAUUGAUGACACGGCAUCCCACUUUUCCUGGUAUCUCUCCAAGAUUAGAGUUCUCCACAAAGACAACAUUCAGUGAAAUCUCCAGUGACAAUGGUUUCCUGACCGUUCCUGUGAGGGCAAUGACGAGAAAAACCUCCAAAAAGUCACUGAAACAGGGCAGCACCUCAUCCCGAAAACAUCUCUCUUUUGCUCCAUGCAGUCAAAGAGAGCAUCACGACAGAGAUCAGGUUCAAAGGUCACGUGGACAGUCUUCUUCCCAUUAUUCACCUGUCUCUGCCAGAAACUCCAGAUUAAGGAGUUUGUCACCACAUCAAUCAAACCCAUCAGGAGAAGCAAGAGACCAAAGAAGAAGCUAUUCCAGAACUUGGAUGGCUGAUCAAGACUCUUCAGACACAGACGAUCUCCUCGACUACGCAGAGGAAGUGAGCCGUCAUCAUUCCCUCGUGGGAUAUGAGGGAUCUUCCAGACACUCCAGUACGGAUUGCCAGAGGCACAAUGGAUCUCUCUUGGGUUCUCCUGACCUGUGGGAGGAGGUUCAGGAACGGGUUCAGAGCCUUUUAACAUCUCCCAAAGCGGUUCAUAGACUAGCCUGUGGUGCCACGGACUCUGAGAUAGACGAGGUAUUGAGACGCAGAUCUGUUUUGGCCCACUCAUGCCCGUUCUAAACACCAGCGUGUGCUAUAAGAAAGUGAUGAAUCAGAGGACUGUGUGAUUUCUUGUGGCAUUGCAUCUUUUUCCAUUCAAUUACGAGUGUGUUUGUUUGUAGUUGUGUUUGUAUUGCAGCUUUGAAAUGAAACAGUAUAUUUCUAGUGUU